AUAUUAAUCGAGAAAGUUCAAUCUAACAUUGUUAAGUUUUUUGGCAUAACCGUAGUAGGUUUUUGAGAAUGUUUCAAUAAAACUUUGAAAGUUGGAAAAGAACGCCCUAUUUAGCUUAUGCUAUUUUCUGCAGUAAUUUCUGACUCUUCACCUGUCAACCUGUUCUUUUGACUUUUGUUGAGAGAUUAUUAAAAAAUCUCAUGGAAACGCGUGGACCUUUUCAUCAGUUUUACUAUUAACAUUGAUUAGUUUCAUAGCCGUUCUUCAAAUUAUAAUGCCUACCAUUUCUGUCAAUCGUGAUGUCCUUUUUACGGAACUUGGACGAACAUAUACUGACGAUGAGUUCCAGAACCUUUGCUUUGAAUUUGGAUUGGAACUGGAUGAAGUGACCACAGAGAAACAAAUGCUCAUGAAGGAGCAGGGUGAUCAUGCAGGUGCAGGAGUAUCUGAGGAGAUCCUGUACAGGAUAGACAUCCCGGCCAACAGAUAUGACCUGCUCUGCUUAGAAGGAUUAGUUGACGGCAUUCUAGUGUUCCAGGGCAAGAAAGCCCCUCCUCAAUAUACUCUUAGAAAAAAUGAGGACUGCCAUUCCCUGCACUUGACUCCAUCUACAGCACAGAUAAGGCCAUUUGCAGUAGCUGCUGUGCUCAAAGGAAUCACCUUUACCAAGGAGUCUUACGACAGCUUUAUUGACCUGCAAGACAAACUCCAUCAAAACAUUUGCAGGAAGCGCACACUUGUAGCAAUUGGUACCCACGAUUUAGACAGCAUACAAGGCCCAUUUGUCUAUGAUGCAUUACCUGCCAGUGAGAUCAAGUUCAAGGCACUGAAUCAACAAAAGGAAAUGACUGCGCCUGAACUUAUGGAGCUCUACUCAACUCAUGCACAAUUGAAGCAGUACCUUGGUAUAAUCAAGGAGAGUCCUGUUUACCCGGUCAUCAAGGACAAGAAUGGUGUCGUGCUGUCUAUGCCGCCUAUCAUCAAUGGAGACCACUCCAAGAUCACGCUUGACACAAAGAAUGUUUUCAUUGAGUGUACUGCUACAGAUUUGACUAAGGCCAUUGUAGUACUAGACACAGUUGUGAGUAUGUUCUCCAAGUACUGCGCCAACAAAUAUGAGGUGGAACAAUGCAAGGUGUUCGCCCCGGACGGCACGUACGAGCUCUACCCCAAGAUGCAAUGUCGCGAGGAGGUCAUCAGCGUCGACAAAGCCAACAGUUAUAUUGGUAUUAAAGAGAAUGGUGACAACUUAGCAGCGUUGUUGUCCCGCAUGUGCCUUUCUGCCGAACACGAGGACUCUGUGCUGCGCGUGCGAGUCCCGCCCACACGCCAUGACGUCAUACACGCCUGUGAUCUGUACGAAGACAUCGCCAUUGCUUACGGCUACAAUCGCAUCGAGCGUCGGGCCGCGCGCGUGGUGACGGCGGGCGGCCAGCAGCCCGCCAACAAGCUGGCCGAGCAGCUGCGACACGAGUGCGCGCACGCCGGCUACACAGAGGCUCUCACCUUCACUCUCUGUUCCCGCGAAGAUGUGUCCACGAAACUAGGCGUGAGGAUCGAGGACGUCCCGGCCGCGCACAUCGCGAACCCCAAGACGCUGGAGUUCCAGGUCGUGCGCACGCAGCUGCUGCCCGGACUGCUGAAGACCCUCGCCGCCAACAAGAAGAUGCCGCUGCCGCUCAAGCUCUUCGAGAUCAGCGACGUCGUGUUGCAGGAUAGCGCUGCAGAGACGGGUGCAGUGAAUCGGCGUCGGCUGUGCGCGGUGCAUUGCGGGCGCGCGGCCGGCUUCCAGUUCGUGCACGGCCUGCUCGACCGCGUCAUGACGCUGCUGCGCCAGCCUUGGGACCCGGCCACUGGCUACUGCCUGCGACAGUGCGAUGAUCCUGCGUACUUCCCUGGGCGCUGCGCGCAGGUGUUGUUGCGCGGGCAGCCGCUCGGCAAGAUCGGCGUGUUGAGUCCCGCCGUGCUGGCCGCCUUUGACCUCACCAACCCCUGUUCUGCGCUCGAGAUCGACAUCGAACCAUUUGUUUAGUGAAAUAAAUGUUGGUUCCGAUUGUA